UGACACAUGUAGAGCAAAAGCGCAGCCGGAGCUGUGAGCAGGACAGAGAGCUGGAGAAGACGGACCAGUGCGAGACACAGAGACACCGAGACACACAGAGCUUCACACACACAGCUUCACGCGAAAUGAUCGUAUCUUUCCUGGAUCGCUUUUAACGACAACACGGACAUUUAAUCAUCGUGAAAGGAAAGAACCCAAGAAUAAAAACGUGACGGCUCCAUUGGAAAUAUAAUCUGAAAACUCCAUUUGGUCCUCUGUGUGUGUGUGAGUGUGUGUGCGCGCGGGUGCGCGCGCGCGUAUGUGUGUGUAUUUUUGCACAGAAAAGCUGACUGCACUACAUUGGACUUUAAAACCGGACUUUUUCUUCUCCAGCGUUCUCUGAGAUUUAUUAUUAUUAUUAUUAUUAUUAUUAUUAUUAUUAUUAUUAUUAUUAUUAUUAUUUUGAAAAGCACACAUCGCUGUAAUACUAUCGGAAUCCCCGCGACGGAAAGAUCUGCGUUUUGUAUUUGAAAGAGAUUAAAAAAGCAGAGACCAUGGUGAACCCAGGAGGCAGUGCUCAGUCCGCACCAGUCGGAGCUGGUACCAUGUCGUGGAAGCGUUGCGCGGGAUGUGGAGGGAAGAUCGCCGACCGCUUCCUCCUCUACGCCAUGGACAGCUACUGGCACAGCCGCUGCCUCAAAUGCUCGUGCUGCCAAGCCCAGCUCGGAGAGAUUGGCACCUCGUGCUACACCAAGAGUGGCAUGAUCCUGUGCAGAAAUGACUACAUCAGGUUAUUUGGGAACAGCGGGGCAUGCAGUGCUUGUGGCCAGUCCAUCCCAGCCAGUGAACUGGUCAUGAGGGCACAGGGCAACGUGUAUCACCUCAAGUGUUUCACGUGUUCUACCUGCCGGAACCGGCUGGUCCCUGGAGACCGGUUCCACUACAUCAACGGCAGCUUGUUCUGCGAACACGAUAGACCCACAGCGCUCAUGAACGGCCACUUGAGUUCACUGCAGACGAACCCACUACUUCCUGAUCAGAAGAAGCCGUGCACCCUGGGGGCUGUGCUGAAGCGCUGCUCAAAACCGAGACAAAAAGAGACUAACUUCAUAAAACGUUCUUGUGUGUUAAGAGGGAGGAGUUGCUCAAAGCGGGAUGUGUGCCUUCAUUCCAGCCCUCGCUCAUUGUCACUGAAGAUCUCUCAGUCCUGACCUGACCGCCGUCCCCACCCUCCUUUCCUAUUUACUUCCGGAGUCGCAGCACUACCCCAGCUUCCCCUUUCGAUAUCCCAGAAUUCCUGUCUACACCUCCCCCCCUGACCUGACCCCUGAUCGUAGGCGGAUUCCCAGCGUUGCAGCGCUUCCAAUGGAAAUUUGAGGACUCCAUGACUUAUGGGAGACCGAUCAGACCCUGUGGGACUCAAAGACAGUGAAAAAGAGAGACAGAGAGAGAGAGAAAGAGAGAAAGAAAGAGAGAGGGAGGCAGAGAGAGUGAAAAGAGAACUAGACCAAGCAGAAGGACAUUUUGGAUAAGCGAAAGAAAGAGAAAAGGAGAGUGUCAGACAAAUGAAG